GUGGGGGCAAGAGUGUAGUAAGCGAGUCUUCUAUCCCUCGGGAGUCACAGAUACAAGUCCCGUCUUGUUAUAAAAGCGCAGAGGCACAGAUAGCCUGAGUCUAUCCCUCGCUGAAGAUCCGUCUACAGGAAGAGUUGAAGACACAUAUCUGAUAAGUCCAAAUGGAACAAUUUCACGGCCUCACUCCACAGGUUUCAGGUGUUCAGGUUUCAUCGAGAAUGGGCUUCCCUCCGAAUGGAGCGUGCGCUGCCUGCAAGUUCCAAAGGCGAAAGUGCACCGUGGAUUGCUUACUGGCACCGUGGUUCCCUCCUCAUCAGCCCAGGCGAUUUGCGAACGCCCACAGGCUGUUCGGAGUCGCGCACAUACUGAGAUUAAUUCAAGAAAAUAAAAACUCAGUGGGCGAUCUGAUGAAAAGUGUGUGCUUCGAGUCCGACGCAAGGGAACGAGAUCCUGUUCACGGAGUUUACGGGAUACUGAGGCGUCUUAAGCGCGAGGCUGAUAUACUGGAGGAGCACAGGUCGACUUUGGCGGAGAAAUUAAGGAUUUUGAAGGCAGAAGAUGCUGCAGCUCAAACUCCUGCGUUGUUUGCUCCUGCUUACAACGGUAAUCAUCCAGAAACUUAUUAUGGGCAUGCGCGGCCUACUCAACAUGUCGCGCCUACUCAACAGGUCUCGUUUCCCGAAAAUGGAGGUUUUCAUUUUUUCGCGCCUAUCCAACAGGUCACGUUUCCCAAAAAUGGAGGUUUUCAUAUGCAGCAUCAGGUCGCGUUUCAGGAUAAUGGGGGCUUUCAUAUGCAGCAACAGCAUCAGGAGACUGACAUGUAUCAGCUACAGCAGCAAAUGAAUCUCUUUGGUGGAGGAGGAUUUACUCCGGUACAGCUAACGGGCGCUCCGAUGCAACUCACGGAUAGGAGUACAUCGAUGCAACUCACGGAUAGAACCAUGGUAACUCACGGGAACCACAACACCGUGGUUCCCGCAAGCGGUGAUAUAUUCCCUGCUUCGCGAUUGUGUUUGGACCUCUUCACGGACUCCCGCAGUUCCAGAAUUGUGUAAGUUGGUGACGACGUUCAACGUCUUGGGACAUCGUGAGGACGAUGCAACGCGGUUGAGAGUUGUGGACAGAAGAACUGGGAAUAUUCACGCUGUUCUCACGAGGCUUUUCGCUCUAUUGCUACCUUAUUUCGAUAGCAUUAUAUGGUAGCUAUAGCUCCUAGCUAGGUAGAAGCUGUAAGCUACUUCCCCGCUAAGUGGCUCAGACUCAAUACGUCUGCAGAUAAUUUUGCAGG